AUGGUGCUGCAAGGCUGCAAGGUGGCGGAUUCGAUGGGCAAGGUAGUCGACAGCAUGCGCAGGCGGAAGCCAUACUUCGAGGUGCCGAUGGUUGAUCUUUGGGAGGAGGAGCAAGCAAGUGAGCGAUUGGAUGGAAUUUACGGUAGCGAUUUGAGGAAGGCUAUGACCACGGGCGUGGGACACCUGGCCAACGCAUUCCCGGAUCUACGGGAGGAUAGGAAGGCGAAGCUGAUCGGACCAAACCUUGAGGGCGUGGGUUGGUAUCCCACUGUUAAUGAGGAUUCUAGAGCUGCUGGACGUCCCAGCAAGUAUUGUCGGAGAUGCGUGCGGUCUGUUCAGGGGCAUCGUGGCGGCCAUGAUAAGUGGGCAUUGUGGUGCUUCCGCGGUAUUGGAUGA